UAAUUAUUGUUCUUCAUCUUUGUCUGCUUGAUUGAAUAAUUUUGUGGUAGCUAGGUGACCAAAUCAUUCAAAUUCCACAUCAUUUUUCCAAGAUCUCUUUGCCAACUGGCACUACCCCACCUCACCCCCUCGACUCCCUCCUUAUAAAGAGCAUGUAUUGCCAGCCCUCAGCACAAAACACACCCUCCUCUUGAGUCUUGACUUAAGUCUUCUCUAUUGACUAUCCUCACUCUCUCCUUUGCCUUCCAAUAGCUUUUUCCCAGUUUGUUUCCUCACCACCCUUUUCACUCUAGACUCUUCUUCCCCAUAGUGUUUCUCAAAAAACCAUUUCAGUCCUAGAAACUAAUGGCAUCAAGUUCAAUGUCCUCUUGGACCGCCAAGCAAAACAAAGCCUUUGAGAAGGCUCUGGCUUUGUAUGACAAGGACACCGCCGACCGCUGGUACAAUGUUGCUAAGGCGGUCGGCGGCAAAACCCCGGAGGAAGUGAAGAGGCACUACGAGCGUCUUGUUGAAGAUGUCAAGCAUAUUGAGUCAGGCCAAGUGCCCUUCCCAGACUACAGAACCACUGGAGGGAAUGAUGAGGAAAAGAGGAUGAGAAACCUCAAGCUCCGCUGAAGCAGUGCAACUCCAUCUACCCACUAGUUAAUAAAUAAAAGCAUCAUCGCUAUGAUUCUUCUAUGUUUGUGGUCAUGGUAUAGUUUUACUAUCGUUUGUGAAAUCACCACCUGUGAUUCUUCUAUGUAUGUACUUUCAAGUAGUUUCACUUUUUUUAAUUUUUGUUUUCUUGCCGCUAUAUAAGCUCGUGUGUGUAUGUACGUACGUACUUACGUGUGCAUGUACCGAAGGCAUGUAUAAUGUGCUUUGUGAUUCUACGUGUAAGAUUCAACUAAUGGAAUCUUAAUUUAUGUGUCAUAUAAUCGUAUUAAUUUUUAUUAUG